GUGUCGUCGACUGCGCCGAGUACGUUCUCCAGCUUUCUCGUAUGUCACGGUGCCGCGGGUGUGCGUGUAUUCGUCGUCUCCUCGGCACUCGUCGUGCCGUUCGUCAUUGCAACCUUCAUCCGAGGUGAAAGAAUUGAGACUCAGUGCCGAGCGUCGAUCCCGGGGAAUCCGCGUCCCGGAUCGCGCACGGACGGAUCGCGAGAGCGGCCUAACACGAUCGGGAGAGUGAGAGAAUCAGGGAAAAACGGUCAACGGCAACGUAGAGGUACGCUCUCCCCGUGCGCGCGGCGCUCCUGUGCUUAUAUGUGUGUGUCCGCGCGCGUGUGCAAUUGUACAUACGAAGAAGCGGGACAGGCGGUGGCGAAUUGAGAAAGAGUAGAAGGAGAGAGAGAGAGAGAAGAGGAAAAAGUGGGAAGUGUGUCGCGCCCGCGGCGCAUCGUCAUCAUCGGGCCGACGGGAAGGUAUCCGGAAAUCGCCUUCUGCGACUAUCUACGGCGAAAGAUAGACAAGUAACAGAGACAGAAAGAGAGACUAGUCGCGGAUGGGCGAGGUAAUCCGAUAGAAGAAGGGAGAGAGAAACAGAGAGAAAGAGAGAGGUGAAGACGAAAACGAAAGGUACAAAGAAGAGGAAGAUAGUCGAGAAGGAAGAGAGGUGAUCUAUCAGUGAGUGCACGAGUUUCGCACCCACGAGAACGAGAGCGAGUAACAGCGAGCGAAAGAAAGAAAGAGAGACGAGGAUUGCAUCGCGAACGGAGGAAUGUGAGAAGCGAUCGAGCGGUGCUGUGUAAACAAGCGUCUCAAGUGAAACGGGGCGGCCCACCAGCGACGUUCGAUGCCGCUGGUUUCGUCGUCGUCGUCGAACGGCAUCCUCGACGGUUCGCGCGGACGACGCUUGGCGUCGUGAAGAGCUCGGGCGAGAAGAGUGUCACCGUGGGCAUUGAUCAUCGUCGCCGUCGCCGGCACGGCCGACACGCGUAUAUGAAUCCGCAUAACAAAUGACAGUGCACCGGGCCGUGGGCGGAUUAGCGGGGUGCUGGCUCAACUCGUCAUCUCCGUCGGUUUAGCGGACAAAGAGCGGCACGAGAUGAAUCGAAGAGUGGGAUACAGCAACUACGAUGGGAAGAUCGCCGGGCUAUACGACCUGGAGGAGACUCUCGGCCGCGGCCACUUCGCCGUGGUGAAACUGGCACGACAUGUUUUCACUGGCGAGAAGGUCGCCGUGAAGGUCAUCGACAAGAGCAAGCUCGACGAAAUCUCGAGAUCGCAUCUCUUCCAGGAGGUGCGGUGCAUGAAGCUAGUGCAGCAUCCCAAUGUGGUGCGGCUGUACGAGGUGAUAGACACGCAGACCAAGCUAUACCUAAUUCUAGAGCUCGGCGAUGGCGGGGAUCUCUAUGAUUACAUCAUGCGCCACGACAGCGGCCUCAGCGAAGAGGUGGCUAGGACUUACUUUCGACAGAUAGUUCGGGCCAUAUCCUACUGUCAUCGUUUACAUGUGGUGCACAGGGAUUUAAAACCCGAAAACGUCGUGUUCUUUGAAAAACUUGGUACGGUAAAACUCACAGAUUUCGGAUUUAGCAAUAGAUUUUGCCCUGGCCAAAAACUUGAAACCUCGUGCGGCUCGUUAGCGUAUUCCGCACCGGAGAUACUUCUGGGCGAUAGUUACGAUGCUCCUGCAGUAGAUGUUUGGUCGUUAGGUGUAAUACUGUACAUGCUAGUAUGCGGUCAAGCGCCGUUCCAAGAGGCGAACGACAGCGAAACGCUGACGAUGAUCAUGGACUGCAAGUACUCGAUCCCGUCGCACGUAUCCGACGGCUGCAAACGACUGAUCGCGAGGAUGCUGGUGCGCGAACCCGAAGGCAGGGCUCAUCUCGAGGAGAUCGCGGCGGAUCCGUGGCUGGCGAUCGGCUCCGACACGGAUAUCAUAGAGACGCUGCCGCUCGUAUCGCGCCAGCAGGUCUCCGACGAUCAUCACAAUCACAUAAUCACUAAAAUGGUUAACGGUAACAUCGCCACCAAGGAAGAGAUAUUGGACGCGCUCGACAAGAACGAAUACAAUCACAUCACCGCGACGUACUUCUUGCUGGCGGAGAGGAAGCUGCGCGCUCAUCGACAAGAACAGAUGCAGAAAACACGACCGGAGGUUCUGGACGUUUCUUCAAGCCGGCAAGACGAUCUAACGACAAACCUGCACACGGAUCAGAACUCCCUGAGCACCGUGAACCAGUCGUUACUGAGCGUGCCACGGACACCUGGUGACGUACCGCAGAACGUGCGUACGCGCAAAUGCAGUAUCGUCCAAGAAGAGGAAGACGAGGACGACGUGUCCUCGUGCUCUGGCCGGGACGAACGCGGCAGUAAUUCGGCGCUAAAUUCCUUUAACCGUCGCGGUUCCCGUUCCGAGGGCAAGCUCUCGCACAUCCUGCAGGAGCGGCUGUCGCAGCUUCCGGAGAAGCACACUGGCGCAAAACCCACGCAGGUCCAGCGGCAUCCGCAUCAGAAGGAGGAUACCGUCACCAACGCCGAUAGGGGAGAAAGACUGAAGCAGAAUUCGAGAAACGAGAAGGACAACAAGACGUCGUCGACGAUGCAUCCGAAGAUGGCUGUCAAGGUUCAAAUGGGCAACGUUCUCUUGGAGAAGCUGCCGUCGCCGCGGAUCACCUUGAUGUGCGAGGAAAACCUGAAGAAUCGAUUAGGCAAUACGAACGCGCCGUCGGCGGGAUGGGCCAGAAAGGCGACGAACACGGAAAGCAGACCCAAGUCGGUGACGGACUGUCUGAAAUCGGCUGGACCGUUGCCGGCGAACAAGUGGCGGAUGGGCGGUCAGCAUCAUCGGUACAGCGUGCCGACUACGGAGCCCGCGUCGACGAUUCUCUCGAAACCGUCCGAAGCUCCCGCGACGACAACGGCGACUUCCAUCACCACAAUUCUGCACGAAUCAUCGACCGUAUCGAUACCUCUUCAUCCGAUCACCGACAAUCAGGUGACGUUAACGCCCAAGUAUAAGACGAUGCCGUCGCCCUGCAGCGGUCCCAACCCGCCCACGCCGCAAAUCACGCUCAAUGAAAUUCUGGAGGACGGAGACGGUGUACAAGGAUCGGUGAAUUCCACGGAAUGCGGCGGCUCGACGACCAAGUGCCGCGUCGUCAGGCGAACGGCGUACGAGCAGCGGAGGAGCAAGUUCCACAAAACACGCACAACUUCAUGUUCGAGUUCCGACGCGAGCGACGACGACAGCGAGAGCAGAAAGAAAAGGGCGCACAAACUCGGCGCGUCGACGGGCAAGUCGUUGCCGCCGAGACGCGACAGUCACGACGACUCGAGCGACUCGCAGGAUCCGGGCGGAAACAGCGGCGGCCGCGGCGGCGUCGGCGGCGGGGGCGGCGUGAGCAAUGGCGAGCACACGACGACGGAUACGACGACGACCGAGAACAAUCGAAAUGAUAACAGUAGCGGCACUAAUACCACAAAUACGAACACAACGACAACCGGAGGGGGCAGGCAUCGGUGCACCGAGAACCAAGUCAUGUUCGGUAGGCGACAUCGCGCCGGCAGAAGAAGAGCCGGCGAGACGCGAUUGCGAGAGAGCCAAUCGUUGAAUCGCAUUACCGAGGUGCAAGAAGCCGAGGCGCCUUUGUCCUGUCACAAUCAUUGUCACGUAUCGCGCAACUCAAACGGCGUUCCCAGCGCGCAAAACACCUCUCCGUCGUCAUCGGUGUCUCAAAGUAGCACGGCGUCGCAGCACAGCGGCACCACUGCUCAACCUGCGUCUCAAGGAACAACCACGACGGUGCAGAAGGCCAAAGGACUCGGAGCGAGGCUCCUGCAAAGCUGGUCUCGCACCGGCGGCAAGUCGAUAACGCAAUCGAACAAGCAAUCGUCCCGCAGUCCCGAUGGAAAGGGUAACAGCUACAAACGACAAUCGGACGAUUGUCAUCAAACGGUCGGCGGCGCCAGUGACGAGCGUCAUCACAAGUGCGCGAGCCAACCGGUGUGCAAUGAUAAGGAGAAUCGCGGCAACGGUAUGCACCGAAACGAGUGCAAGAGCAGGAAGAUACGGUUGUUGAGUCGCUACUUCGCCGUGCACAAGAAACUCUGCGUGCCGCUGCCGGGCAUCUUCGGCAAGGGGCGUCUUUACAAGGCACGCUCGUGCGGCAGCAUCACUCGCGACCGCGUCAGCCCACCCUCGCCCAAGUCGAUGCUGCUGUGCCCCGCAGCGGCGACCGAAGAUAAAUGGCGGGAGCGUCGGCAAUGGUGCGACGCCGCGACGAAGCAGCAUCGCGGCAGCGACGGCGACAUCAAUCAGAAUCUAGGCCUCGCGCAUCUCGUCCAAGAGAGCAUCGUCGGCAAGGGAUGCGCCGGAAUGCCCGCCAUGUGCCACAUUCAUCUCGGGGACGCUUCCAAGUGUUGCAGCCUUUGUUGAUGAAUCGCCCCGGCUCGAAAGAGACAGAAAAAUCGAGCAUGCACUGAUGCGCAAGAUGAGGAGCACGUACGAGAGUGCAUUUAGGUAAGCAAGAUUUGUUUUUAGUGCCAGUGACGUGGUUCUCAAUGAGACAUAUGCGAGAUUUAUUCUUUUUUUUCUUUGCCACGACAAUCUUUUCGAUCAUUUCCAGCGAAGUUGUUUUUUAUCGACACAGAAAUAUUCUUCGCAACAUCUUAUUCUGGGUUUCUAGGAAAAUCCUUUUCUGCGAAUCGACAUAAACGCUGCGUCUCUGGCACACACGAGACAUUAACGAGGACGGUAGUUAACGAUCACUAUAUUUUCAAAUGCGAAAUAAAUAAGAUCUGUUUAAGAAUAAUAUCGCAGCCAAUUUAUAGUAUAAUCUAUGCUCAUAAUAAUAUUAAUAUUCCAAAAAAUGUUCCUCGUUGGUGGUCGAAAUUUAAGGUGGUUCUUUAGUAAAGUGUCGAAAAUUUGGGGUGCCUCACCAGGGCCCACUCAAAAUCACAAAUAUCUGCAUAAUUGGGAUAAAAUAUUAAAAUUUCGUGUGUAUCUUAAUGAAAUAAUAUGAAACAAACGAUAUUUAGUAUGCAAAAGUGUUGAAAUAAAAAGAAGUUGAUUCGAUAUUUUUUUCUCGAUGUUUUGCCAUUUCAACAUUAAAUAUCUUUCCAGAAUGGCCGUUGACCUAUUAAUUUUUUGUGACCAUUACGAUCAUAAUUUUUAAAACUAUUAUAAUCUCGUUGUUUAGAAGUCUAUGGUAACGUUUGCGUGCAGUUAGUCAAAGAAGCGUCUCCGAUCCUUACCUGUCACUGAGUUAUAGAUUAAAAGUUACAUUUUCAACAUCUUUUUUCUCUCUCAUUUCAUCGUUAACCCUAGAAUUUUGCACACGUCAAGUUCGGUGCUUGAACUUCAUUAUAUAAAGAAAUUAGACAUUUCCAUGGUAGCUCGAUUUACUAAAGAACCACCUUAAAUUAAGGAUACGCGUUGAUAUUCGCCCAUGCGACGAUCGUUAGUCACGACAUUGAGAAUUACGUGGCUCUGGUCUGCUGUCAGUGUGUUUGACUGAUCACAUCAUAUCCCCGUUGGCCAAGUAUAGAGCACAGGGAUCAAGACAAGAAUAAGAGAAAGAAUGAGCGCGCCGAUUCACCGGUCGCUCCGAGAGAGCUGUAUCUAGUCCAUGUGAACAAACCUGUAUUAAAUAUUGCAGAGUUUAUGAUAAUUAUUAUUAUAUUAUUAAUUAUAUUAUUAUAUUAAUAUUAUAUUAUUAUUAUUACAUCACUACUACUCUCUUACUAUUAUUACCAUUAUCGCUGCUAUUACUAUCAUGAUCACUAUUAUUGUGAGAAAAAUCAUUGUCGUCUUCACGAUGAUCAUCACGCCUAUCGACAUUAUCAAUCAUUAUCAUUAUCGCCAUCUUUGUCUCCUAAAUACCUAUAAUGCAAAAACUAAUACAGUGUAAUGCAGUACAUAAUGCGUCGUAAACGGGAAUGCAAUUCGCGUCGCAAUACAGACGCAAGUUGCGAUCGAUUGUUACAGAGUCGCGCAAUGCGAGAAAUGUCUUCCUCAUCCUACUUUUUCGUUUCGAUUUCGCCCUCUUUCUUCAACACAAUCCCCCUCCCCCCCUUGUCCUUCUUCUCUCUUAGAUGACAUUGCCUUUUACAAUGCUUCCUAACUCGUUAACUUAUUAAGACGAAAUAGAUAGUUUCCGAAUGGCGAUUGACUAGACGUGUAUAGUCAAUCCGAUCGAUUCGCGUUAAUGUACGAAUACACUAACGCGAAUUGACCGGACAGUAAUGCGAGUGUCCUGCAACGGCAGCCCGAGUUGCGUUCGACGGAAUGGAACUCGCACCACGGUGUUUGUGUAUGCGGGAGUAGAAGUGUACUUCUUGAACACGCAGUGUGCGAUGUAAAGCCCACCGAGUGCAUAAAUACUGUGCGUAGAUGUUAAAAGCUUAAGAGUAAGCGGCGAUAUAAGAAAGAAGAGGAGAGAGAAAGAGAGAGCAAUCGUCAUUUAUCGACCCGUUCUUUGUAGAUCUAAAUAAUCAGCAGCGGACAGUGUUGUGUGUUGUAGGUGCAGGAUCCGCCGGGCGUGCUUGCCGGCUAAGCGCGUCCCGACGCUCCGUCUCGAUCAUUCAUCCUCUCAAGUGUUCGCGCCGCGUAUUAAACGGUCGUAUUUAGACGGAUAUCGUCGCAUCAGUCAUCGUCAUCGUCUCCUCAUCAUCGUCAUCAUCGCGAAGUGCUGUCCGCUAUUUAAAGCACGUUACGAUCAUUAAUGUUAGUGUUUGUUGUUGAGCGCAGCGAAUUCAUCCCCGAUUUCAUCCCUUCUCUGUCGCAAAAGGUGUUCUUUCUUUUCGCCCCAUUCAAUCCAUUCCGAUUCAUCCUUUUAUUCUACUUUGCGACAUGAAUUUGUGAAUCUCGACGAUCGAGUGCUGGAUGCUCGGCGAAUACCGAGAUAGCUUUUCACGAAUCCUCCGCGCGUUUCCCGAAAUCUUUCAUUUUGUAUGUGUACAUCACGUUUGAUGUUUAUUCGAAUAAGACGAAAGCGUAAGAUAUACGUGUACAUGUUGUGCGAUGAUGUUAACGUAAGACAACUAUCACAAUUCACAACGCAGCGAGACGGUCUCUUAAUGAUUGCCGACGGUCGUCGAAUUUCCCUUGCUCGCCCCCUUCUUUUUUUUUUCUCUUCUAAGUUCGCAACUAUCUGUAAAGCGCGUCGAUUUGUUACUUCUUUGAUAAAGACUGAGAAUUCCGCAAUGACUUCGAUGAUAUCUUGGCUACCUAGCUACCUUACACGUCGCACGAUGACGAUGACAUAACGAGACCAAAAACAAAGAAAAAAAAAAAGAAUAAUAAUUCGUAAGAUUAACAGACCUAAGUUUGCGCUAGCCACGAAGUGCAAUACAAAGUCGUACAAAGCCAAGUACCUUGUGUCGGUGUAGUCGUUGAUUUUUAAGGAUUCGACUCGAUUUUAUCUUUUUCACCCUAUAUGUAGCGUAUCGCAACGCGGGAUCUACCUUUCAAGCUCGGAGCUAACACAAUCGCGGUGUACAUGGGCAUUAACGUUACUUCGGUGUACGAGAAUAAAUGUAUCGGGAUAGGACUUUUUUCGGGAGGAUAUAGGAGUAUUUCUCUGCUGCGAACAAUCGGACGGAAGAUUGUUGUUUAUUGUAAUCGACAGAGAGAGAGAGAGAGAAUUAUCUAGCUCAAGCUCCGGCAGAACUUCCUUCGCGGGAGCAUCCGUAGAUCACGCGCGGCUUGUGUCGGUCUUAUAUUUAUGUACUGUAAAGCGAAAAAGCGUCUCUCGCGAAAACUCGGACGAAUGUAUAUUCUGGAGCUGCAAAUAGAGAGCGAAGUGUCUCUUCCAUGUGUACAUAUCUUCGGCAUUUUCCUACGUCUCUGGGAAAAUCUCACUUAAACCCUAGGCGAGCUAAUUAACGAUAAAUAAGAGAGAAAAAGAAUAAGAAUAUUUUCGUGCUGAUGGAGCGCUGAACCCGCUUCGCGGAUUUUCCUAAGAUAUGCGGUAUACGUGCGAGAUUAAGAGUUAACGUACCACAUCGAACGCAUGUAAUUUCGUUGCGAACCCGUCGGCUUCGUUGCUGUUGCGCUGUUCGUUAGUUGACCCCGUUCCCGUCCCCCUCGCCGUCGCCGCUCCCUUUAUUUUAGCAAAUAAAAGCCAAUGUUUCGAACGCAUUGCACCACGAGUGCGGGUGAGAAUUUUCUAAACGGUCUACUCUUUUCACACACUCGUCCUAAUGUUUGUCCGGCCUGAACAGACCAAAGUCCCCCCCCCCCCUCCCGCUCCGCCACCCCGUUGUCCCAGUAGCGUCCGAUUUGUCAUCCCGAUUUACUGCCAGCUGAGUGUUAAUGACACACCACUUUGCUAAAACCGGCAUAAGAUGAGAUCUGUAAACCGCUAAGCAUGAAUCGUUCAUGCACUGUGUGCUCGAACGAAAUAAACUAAAGUGAUAAAGUUAA